CGUUUCGGGGAACAAGCGAUUAAUAAACCUUGCAAGAAACCUGAUUGGUUCUGACGCACUGCGCAGACUCUUAUGUUACACAGCGGAUUGGUUGGAUAGUGGCGGGGGAUUCCAUUUUUGUUCAGUGCAAAAAGUUGCUCAUGAAUGAUCAGGUCAAGAAAUAAAGUACAUGCGGUAUUAAAUUAUGUAUGUGGAUUGAAGAACGAUAAACAAUACUGUACAAACUGGGGUUAAACGAACGAGAUGGACUCUAAAUCUGUGGAGAAAUACCAGAGGUAUGUUAAAGAAGGCAAGGAUGAAGCCAGGAACGGAAACCUUAGUAGGUCACUCGAAUUAUUUAAUUCUGCCUACAAAAUUCAUCCCAGUGAAAAGCUAAAAAGCAGAAUCCAGAAACUGGAAGAAGCCGUUGCGGAAUUGGCACGUCGAGGAGCAGGAAGUGAAGAAGAUGACGAUGAUGAGUUUGUUGACGUCAAUGGCAGUGGUUUAAUGCUCUUCAGAGAAUUACAUGACAAGCUUUACGAACACCAAAAAGAAGGCAUAGCUUUUCUUUAUAGCUUGCACAGAGAUGGAAGAAAAGGUGGAAUUUUGGCAGAUGACAUGGGAUUGGGGAAAACCAUCCAAAUUAUUGCGUUUCUGUCGGGAAUGUUUGAUGCAGAGUUAGUCAAGUGUGCAUUGAUUGUCAUGCCUACAACACUAAUUGCAAACUGGACAAAGGAAUUUGCCAAGUGGACCCCUGGAAUGAGAAUUAAAGAGUUUCAUGGCACUAGCAAAGCUGAGCGGGUGAAGAACUUGGAGAAAGUCCAAAGAAGAGGCGGUGUGAUCAUAACAACUUACCAAAUGCUGAUCAACAAUUGGCAACUUCUGUCUAGCUUUAAUGAUAGGGAGUUCACAUGGGACUAUAUCAUUCUAGAUGAAGCUCACAAAAUUAAAACAUCGUCAACCAAAACAGCAAAAAGCGCACAUGCUAUACCUGCAAGGAACCGCAUCCUUCUCACUGGUACUCCUGUGCAAAAUAAUCUGCGGGAGAUGUGGGCGCUAUUUGAUUUUGCAUGUCAGGGAACACUCCUUGGAACAGCAAAGACUUUUAAAAUGGAGUAUGAAAGCCCCAUUACUCGAGCCAGAGAAAAAGAUGCCACAACAGGAGAAAAAGCCCUGGGUCUAAAGAUUUCUGAAAAUCUGAUGACAAUUAUAGAUCCAUACUUUCUAAGAAGGACAAAGCAAGACGUUCAGAAAGCAAAGCUCCUAAAAGAAGGUAAAGUUAAUGAAUUGGAUUCAGAAGACAAAGAGAACAAAAAUCCCAGUACUGGAGUUGAGAUGCCUUCUUUGACUAGAAAGAAUGACUUAAUUAUUUGGACUUACCUUAGUCCAGUACAGGAAGAUAUCUACAACAAGUUUAUUUCUUUAGACCAAAUAAAAGAGAUACUAAUGACUAACCGUUCUCCAUUGGCAGAACUAACGGUGUUAAAGAAACUCUGUGACCACCCAAGACUUCUGUCUGCCAGGGCCUGUGGCCAGUUAGGCCUAGAAGAUGGAGAUCAUCAUAGUGGAGAUGGUUUUGAUGAGAAUGAUACUGCUGCAGGAAAAAUUGAUCACCUGUCAGAUGAUACUUUGAUUAAUGAAUCGGGCAAGUUGACAUUCCUUGUGGGCCUGUUGGAAAGACUUCGAGAUGAAGGCAAUCGUACUCUUGUCUUCUCUCAGUCGAGAAAAAUGCUUGACAUCCUCAGUCGCAUUUUAGUUAACAGGGGUUUCAAACUGCUACGUAUCGAUGGAACAAUAACCGAUUUAUCUGAACGUCAGAGACGUAUAACACUUUUUCAGAACGGCAAAGAAUACUCUGUCUUUCUUCUUACAACUCAAGUUGGUGGGGUUGGAAUUACUCUCACAUCUGCAAAUAGGGUUGUGAUUUUUGAUCCAAGUUGGAAUCCUGCAACAGAUGCACAAGCUGUGGACAGAGCCUACAGAAUUGGGCAAACAGAAAAUGUUGUGAUCUACAGGCUAAUCACCUGUGGGACUGUGGAAGAAAAAAUAUACAGACGUCAAGUCUUCAAGGAUUCCUUGAUCAGACAGACAACUGGCGACAAAAAAAACCCAUUCAGGUACUUCAGCAAACAAGAGUUGAAAGAGCUUUUCAAACUGGAAGACACGCGGUCAUCCUCCACACAGAUCCAGCUUCAAUCACUACAUGCAACACAGAGACGUACAGAUCCUGAGCUGGAUGAACAUAUUGCUUACCUCUAUUCUUUGGAAAUGUUUGGCCUCUCAGAUCAUGACCUCAUGUUUUCAUCAGAAGCAGCUAGUCAUGAAGAUCACCCAGAGGACACGGAGGCUCAGCACUAUAUUGAGCAUAGAGUGUUGAAAGCUCAAGAGCUGAUGAAAGCAGAAUCUGAGCUACACCAGCAACUGGUGGAGAAUAUUAAAUCUGGCACUGAGCCUGCAUGGCUUCACAAUCCAGAGCCUCCAAAGAGAUCACUUGAAACAAAAAGAGUUAAAACAGAGACUAACGUUCCCACACUCAAGUGGACUGAAGAUUCUGCUGUUUCACCUCCUGCAGUUGUAGAUCUGACUGAAGAAAGCAUUGAACAAAAUGAGGAUAUACACAAUGUAAGUAACAAAAUUAACAAUUUUGUUCUAGAUGAUAGUUGUGAAGAAUCUGAGAAGAAUUCUAGCAAGGAGUCUUGUUUGACUGUGGGAAACAAGAGAGAGAGUGAAGCUUCAGAGCAUUCUGAAAAUAAAGUUCUUGAAGACCGAUUUAAUUCAGAAGAUUCCUCAAAAUCAAGUGCGAAAGUAUCUUCUCCUGCCUGUGGAGCAGAUAUAAAUUACAGUUCUGAAUGUGAAUUAGUAGCUGAUGUUGCUGAGGAAGCAGUUAUUUUGCCAGGCCCUCAAAAUAAAUCUGUAAAAGAUGUCAGUUUUCAGAAUGUUGAGAUCUCCCCUGCACUUUCUAUGAUGGAGGGCAGAGAUAUCCAAAUAUUGUCGCCUUGUCCAAAUAAUUCAAGCUUGGAAUGCCCUGCAGCUGGUCUUCCUGGAUCUUACUCGGGUGAAGACAGUGAUUUUGAGGAAGAUAUUGUCUCAAAAUCCAACUCUUUGUCUGUGUCACAUCCCCAGUGUGACUUUAAUCUUCAAUUGCAAGAUAGUGCAGAAGAAAUGUUUGAAAAUAGCAGUAAUUCUGUGCAUACUGAACUUAAUUCAGACCUUCAGCUCCGUAUGGAAAGUAGUUCAAGUUCUCUUAAAGAGCUGCCUCCAAAUGAUGAUCCAAAAAUAAGCAGCCCUGAUAAUUCUCCACAAAGAGGGUUAUUUAUUUCUCAGAGUGAAGAUGAGAAUAUGGCUGAAGGGUCUUUCAUUCAUACUGCUAGAAAGAAAAAUAAAGCAAGAGUAAUUUCUGAUAGUGAUGAUGAGGAUGAUGAAAGCAGCAACUCUUCAGCAGGAAAGCACAACCAUGUGGAAGGGUUCUCUUCAGUUGGUAGCCCUUUGCAUCAAUCCUUUUUGGGUGUUAAUGCUUCGACUCCUAAGCAGAACAACUCUGUAUUGCACUCCUCAGCUUCCCUGACCCCUCUCAGAAAGAGCAUAGGUGGCAAUACAUCUGUUGCAUCGCGAAAAUCUUUUGUGAGUGCUGUUGUGGAAGACAUCGAAGAUAUGGAGGAGUCUGAUGAUAAGGAGUCAGAGGAAGAAAGUAGCAUGGCAGAGGAGGAAGAAGCAAAUGGUGAAGAGUCUGUGCUUUCAGAAGGGGAACCAACAGGAGAGACUUUAAACACGGAGGAAGGGACAGAAGAGGAACCUACAGGAGAAUCUUUGAACACAGAGGAGGAAGGGAUGGACGGAGAGGAGAAAGAGACAGAAGAGGAACCUACGGGAGAAUCUGUGAACACUGAGGAGGAAGGGAUGGACGGAGAGGAGAAAGAGACAGAGACAGAAGAGGAACCUACGGGAGAAUCUGUGAACACUGAGGAAGGACAGGAGGAGUAUGAUGACACAAAUGGUUUUGAGAUGGAAGAGGGUGAGGAAAGUACCCAGGAUGAAUCCACUGGUGAUAUUGAGCUAAGAUCAGAUGAAAAUAUGGACUGUUGCACAAUUGAGAAGGACCCGCCUAGAAAUCGUGACGCAACCAAUACGUCUCCAUCGGCAGAAGACAAAUAUGAAUACUUGGUGAAAUGUGGGAAAGGACUGUAUGGAGAAGGAAACUUUAAAGAAGCUUUGGAUGUUUUCUUGCAGGCCCUUGACCUUAAAAGUGGGGAUCCUGAAAUUCAGUUAAUGACAAUAAGACUAUAUCGUCAACUUAGUAAAAGCUAAGGGGAAAGCAAGUUACCACAAGUUAUUCAUUUUUGGUUAAAAAAGCAAGCAGUUUUAUAGGUCAUGUUUAUUGUUUUUGAAGCACUUUGAUUUGUUUCAUUUAGUAGUAUUAAGUGUAGGAAUAAAAUAUGAAAUUGCAAUUUGCCUUGGUAAGCUUUUAUUUCAAUCACAUUUAUAGGCUGGUAUUUUAAUCAAGCAUGACAUCUAAUCAAUUAGUCUAACAAGAUAAAUCCUCUCUAUUUACGAAUCUCUGUGUAUAAUAUGUAUCUUAAAUUAAACUAAACUGAUCUGACUUUUUAACAUUUGAUAUCCCCUAGCAAGACAUUGAAAAGCCUGGAUGAUAUGUGCAUUACAACAAUAUUACUGGCAUGGUAUUUGAAGUAGCAAAUGGGGCACUUACCCACCAUAACCAACAUUGGUUAACAGUUAACUGACUCUAAUUGUUAUAGCGUCGGCGCCUCAGUAAUCCGUCACUCAUUUAGGUGUCGGUCAGCUAUGUAACAGAUUGAUUCUAUUAUACAGUACUACAUAUAACUCUUGCAUGCGUUUUCCAAUGAUGUCUAUUUGUUACAUCAGGACUAUAUUGCUUAUUAUUAUUAACUCUCAUGUAUCAAUCCCUGGGUUAAAAACAAACUAUUGAACUGUUUUAAGUUGCCUACUGAUAUAUUUGAUUGUUGCUUUUAGAAUAAAUCCCAUUUUAAUACAGAACAGUACAGCGCUGUACUGUGAAUAUUGUUUUCCAGUACUGUAACUUAAUGUUUUGCUGUCUUACAGUAAUACUUGCAGGUGUCAACUAUAGUCUUAUGGUGGCGGUUCUCUACAUGUUAAGCAAUGAUCAGAUUUAUUUUACAGUAAUGUAUAUUGGCGGAAGGGAUUACAGAAAGGUUUCAAUGAGUUGAAAGAGUCAAUCUCGCAGGCAUACACACACUUUCUGGGCAGCCAGGGUAGAAAAUUAACCACUGCCAAUACACAAUUAGGCCACAAGAUGGUGCAAGCGCAAUCUGGAGAUUUCCAUUAAAAUGAGCAGCUAGGUUGUAAUAAGCUAACCUGCAUGCCUUUAACCUCUGGGUGUCUGGGUUCCAAUCCAGCUUCAGUCACAAGUGAAAUUCAUUUUUAUG